CUCUAUUCCUAGCUGCCAUAUUUCACCACCCGGAAGACACAUUCACUCGAAGAAUGUCAACAGCUUCGAAAGUUAGUAUUGGAUUAGCGUCAUUGUUUUGCGUUGGAAUGAUAGCGUUUGUUCAUCAAAGUCAAGGCUCUGAGAAACAGAAUAUGCAACUUGGUAUUGAAAAAGACCGAGAAAGAAAACAACGACGACAAGAACGAAUCAACGACUUUAAUAGACAGAAACAACUCUACAGUACUUAUGUUGUGGAUCAGCCUGUACAGGCACAGCCAAUUUCUGCACCUCCAGACGAUUUGGACGAAAACAAGGCAGCAUAAAGUCUUCUACGUGAGUUGAUAAUGUAGUACGACAAUAGUUAAUAUUAUUAUGAAAUUAUCCUAAUUUCCGCCUCUAAUUGAUUUAAUUAAAUUUUUC